AUACGGAUUUACUCAAAUUCUCAAUUUUCUCUAUAUGCUAUAAAUUAGGUCGUCGGAGAAGUGUAUGCCAUUCUCAAACCAUAAACAGCCAGGCAAAGAAGUUUGAAAAAUUAAACAUAUAGAAUAUUAUAAAAUCUCUCACAGGAACGUUUGUAAUUGUUGUUGUGAUAGGGUCUUUGUGGACUCUUGAAUUGGAUUUAACUUGUGUAGAUCUAAGAAACUUGUUGUAAAAAUGAGACCGCCUAUGUUCUCAACACCGCCCGCAAGUCACGUGGUAUCCCGGAAGUUCGAGGCAACGCCUGCUGCCACGGGCAGACAUGAUUGGAGGAAUCUCACGACAGAUACGAGUAUUCAGAUAAUGAGUCUGGAGUCGUCUGCGUAUCACGAGGAGAACAGUAUAUAUGACGUCACCAACCAGCUCUCGUUCGUCGACACUAUCAUAAGUCCCAGAGCAGACGAUAUUUUCCCUUGGACACCAUUGGCCAGCAGUCCAGUAAUGGAUAGAGCAGAAACGCUUGUUAGUAUGGAUGCGUUGACCCAUCACUAUGGUAACAUGUCAGAUGCAAGACUCAUAUUUACACCAAAACAACGUUGCUUAGCAACACCAUCGGCAAACAUGGAGCCUGCUCACGUUCCAGUGAGAAAACAUUGGAAAACCGAUUGCUAUCAAAAAAGAUUAUCUCGGAACUUUAUCAGUGACUCUAACCUUGAGAUUCAAAGAAAAGCAGACCAUGAACAUAAAAACCGACAUGCGUUGGUAGCAAGAUCUUUGAGUCUUAACUAUGCUGAGUGUACAAGGACGAAACACGAGGACCUUUUAGUGAAACCAAUCCUUCCGUGUUCGUAUAAAAGUAAAAUCGGAGGUGUAAAAAGAAUUCCAAGCUUUCGAAAUGCUAUGUCAACAGCCCCAGUUAUAAACUACAAAGUGGAUUCAAACAAUUAUUUAUCAAAACCAAAAGAUUUGUCAGUGAAUCAACAUGAUCACCAAAAACAACGAUCAGUACAUGAUGUCGAUAUGCCACAAUCAAAAAUUACUAAACUUGUGAAAUGUGGAAUACGAUCUGUUAUGAAAUCUAAAACUAACUCGGAUGAACGAAGUUUAGAUAUCUCAUCGUGUUUAAAGAGCGUCUCGGCAUCAGAGAAGAGGCGGCAAAGGAAGACCAGAUAUUCUACUAACAUAGGAGGACUUUCCGAUUUUCUUAGAAAAAAUGAAAGACGUAAGACCAUUGCUGUUAUUACUGAAGAAAAGAACAAUCGUGACGUCAAUAACGUAACAGCUUCUGAAACUGACAUAGAAAUAAGUGGAAGAGAGUUUUCUAACCAAUGUGACCGUGAAAGAAAUGUAUCUAGACCGGUUAUGGGUAGCAGACGCUUGCAUUCUAUGGGAAUGUCUAACUUAAAGUUUGAUCAAUGUCAACGAAAGCUUGUUUUUCAAAAUUCACAGUGUUCUCCAAAAUUGAACGCAGGAUUUGACCCAGUAAAUUACACCGAACAAUAUAUCAGUCCAGUGAACGAAGAAAACGGUCAAACGAGACUUCGUCCGAGACUUGGUGUCCUCGGGAAAACUAAACCUAUAAACACUCUCCCCAUCGACGAAUUGGAUAUCGAUGUAGUUUGCGAUUUGAAGAGGCGAGUUGAACGUGCGAACAGAUGUACUCGAAUAAAAACAAAUGGUUCGUUAAAAGUAAGACCAAAACUUUUACCAGCAAUUAAACCAGUGGUACCAAGUCCCCGAAGAAAGAGUGCAUUGUGUAGACAAAGCAGGAUUUGUACGGCGCCCUCUAGUGGGCGGCAUUAUAAACUGAAGCGAGAGUCAAUAGUUUGAAAAAAGGGAAUGCAAAGCAAGAUAUGGCAUAUGUACUGAUCUAGAACUCCCAGCGUUGCCGUACAGUGUUAUAUCAUAUCCAGUAAUUAAGACAAAUGAGGCAAUGCCAAAUGAGAAAAGUGCUAAUUUAACAUCAUUCAUGCUUUUGGGAAAUUUCCGAUAAAAUUAAAAGCAUUUCGUUUAUCGCAAGAGCUGGAUGGUUGGUGCUCAUAUAAUAUUUUAUAUGAAAAUUGUUAAGUUUUUAAAUUUUAUUAUUUGUACAUAGCAAAU